AUGCCGCGCUCCAUGUCCUCCACAGGUGUAAGCACCGCCGUCAUGACUUCGCAAGAGGAGCCAGUUCAGCGAUUGCGCCGCCCUGCUUAUGGCACUUUUGAGGAGCAGCGCCAGCGACGUCACUCAUGGCACACCAGACCCUGCGUCCAGGAAGCGGAAAAUUUCCACUUGUUGCUUCGCAACUUCCUGGCCGACCUCAAUUGCAGACUGGACUUCCUCGAAGAUUAUGGCCACCUCAAGUACGACGCCGGCGUUGAGUAUGCCUACACGACGCUCCUCACCGUGCGCGAAUCAUGCUCGAAGAUCUCUGACGGCGCACUCGAAGCUGGACGCCGGCAAGCCUCGGUCUUCGUUGAAACACUGGAGGAGCGGUACAAAGAAGCGCUGGAGUCGCAAGAGACACUGGGCGAGAAGGUCAUGGAGGGAAUACAGUUGAUGGACUCGUAUCUGACCGAGUUUGAGACACGCGCAUAUGCGCUUAAGGAUGGUACGCUUGGCUCGUACGCCCACGACAUGUACGAAAGUGGGCGAAGGAAAAUGGACGAGGGUCUCGAAGCUGCCAAAGGUGUUGUCGACAGCGGUCUUGACAAGGCUCGCCGCGCCCGCGAAACUGUGGAGAUCACGAUCGAAAACGGUGUUCAACGUGCGCUGGCUCGUGCAAAGGAGCAUGGCUUGAUCCGCUACGACGACCUGCCUGAACCUUGGAGGAUCAAUCCUCACAUCCUCAAAGGCUACCGAUUCUCGGAAGGUAAGUGGGCGUGUGUGCGCUCUGUAUUCGGCUUCCACAACGAGCUCGUGAACAUCUGGUCUCAUCUGCUUGGGUUCAUCAUGGUUCUUGCUCUGGCCUUCUACUUCUACCCAUCCAGCGUCAACUGGAACCAGUCAACCAAGACCGAUAUCUUCAUUGCUGGUGUAUUUUUCUUCGCAGCAUGUAAAUGCCUUGCGUGCUCGACUAUCUGGCACACCAUGAGCAGCAUCUCGGAACAGAAUCUGCUUGAGCGCUUUGCUUGUGUGGACUACACAGGCAUUUCACUGCUUGUUGCAGCUUCGAUUCUCACCACGGAGUAUGCUGCCUUCUACUGCGAGCCUGUCUCUCGCUGGUCGUACAUGAUCCUCACAGCUGCUCUUGGCGUGGGAGGUGUUAUUCUCCCAUGGCAGCCAACAUUCAACCGCGCCGACAUGGCCUGGCUGCGUGUCGCCUUCUACUGCUCCCUAGCUUUGACGGGAUUCAUUCCUUUCUUCCAGCUAUCUUGGACUCGUGGUCCUCAAUGGGCGCUCUACUUCUAUGCGCCGAUUACGAAGAGCUUGAUCGUGUACAUUACCGGCGCAGUGCUGUACGCAACCAAGUGUCCCGAGCGCUGGUGCCCUGGCCUCUUCGACUACUUCGGCUGCAGUCACAACAUCUGGCACAUCGCUGUGUUGGGAGGUAUCUUCUUCCACUACACAGCUAUGCAGGCUAUGUUCACUUCUGCAUUGACUAGGGCACAGGUUGGCUGCUCGGUUUACUAG